AUGUCACAGCGUGCUCCCGGGCAAGACUCUGCGUCGGCGGAGCCUGCAUGCUACAACUGCGGAGCCAAGGGCCAUAUCACCGUGGCAUGUCCUGAACCGACCCGGGCUGUUCCUGCCGGUCUCGAGGCUUUUCGUCAACGACAAGCCGCAGGCCAGAAUGCCAGUUCCAACUCCACCGCCUCCCACAGCAAGCACUCCAAUGGCAUGGUGGUGACCAGAUAUCCUCCUCCACCAAGUGCUGGCCCUCAGAUCACCCACUACCCUCCUCCGCCUCCGCCACAGUCCGUGCCCCCUCCACCACCGCCCUCGUUCCCUGCGCAUCCAGUGCCUGCACAUCCCGUGCCAGCACAGUAUUCGCCUCCUCCGGUUCCUUGGAAUCAUGGACCCCCCGGGUAUGGACCUCCAUAUCCUUCCUUGAGCUCGCCGCCGGGCUAUCCUCCAUAUGGCGCGCCGGGGCCACCUCCAAUGACGCCGCCUGUGACAUCCCCAUACCCCCAGCCUUAUCCUCAGCCCAGUUAUUUCCCGCCUCAACCCCAUGGGCCGCCUUCCGGGCCGCCUGCGUAUCCGCCUGUACAUAACGGCCCUCUACAUCACCCGCUCCCGGCCCCACCUCCUUACGCAACGCCGGUACCCUAUCCUCCGCCGCCGACCUACUCGUACAGUCCCCCUCCAGCAAUUUCCCCUCCCUUUCCGCGGUCUAGGGGUCCUCCUCCUGCGCACGGGAGAAAACAUGAUCGUCACAAUCGUGGUCGUAAUAAUGGCCCACAGGGACGUGGGCAUCGACACCAAAGUCCUCAGAGAGCCAGUAGCAGUCAGAGAGAGCGUCAGCCUUCCUCGACAGCAGAAUCCGCUACAUCCACGCCUGGCUCUGGUCAUCAUGAAAGAUCUAGGUCUCGAAAUGCCGACCCGCCAGUUGCGCGUGAGGAGGAGGACGAAUUUGAAUGGGAGCUUACGACAGUAUUCAACGAGCACAAGACGGCACCUGCUGAUCCAGUUGGCAAACCUCUUCCAAGUGUAUGGAACGACGAUCCAACGAUACCUCCUGCCUUCAAUGCAAAGGUCGUCGUGUCCGAGUUCUUCAAAGAUGAUAACGUUGACGAGUUCUGCAAAUCCAUUCGCGAUGAUGCCCACUGGACUGCCGCCAAGCUGGACCCAUCGUUCAAGUUCCGCAAGGGCAUGGUCCUGCGAGACUUCCCAAAUGACAGCCACCGAUACCCUACAUACCAACGGCCCAGUCCUGUUGGAGAUGCAUCUCAGAUAUCUGCACACGAUUCCCCUGAGCGAGAUUGGGCAGGUUCACCGACGGAUCCCUGGUCUCCACGGGCAAAUCGUGCCCGGCUCGCUUCGUCUCAUGCCACACAUAAGAGGGUGGAAGCCGGGGGUCGAGCCUCACAAACUACUAGUCCUCCCCAUCCACUAGAUCCAAGUGCAACGACGCGUAGACUUGGCAAACGCUUGCACGACGACGUUUCUGUGCCUCACCCUCGAGAUGACAAACGACCAAGGCAUUCAGGGGCACGUUCAGUUUCAGAGCAAGACCCGCGUCGCCUUCCUGGCAUUGCUGGUCUUCCCAGCAAGCCCCCUCCGCCUCAUUUACCGCGGCGACCAGACGCGCCAGGCUUACCGCCAGAUUCGAGUCACCCAGCUUCAACACCUGGGAAAAGGCGCCCCUUCUCAGACAGCCGGCGGCCUUCAUCAAGGUCGCCCAGUUCUGAGCGUAGGCAACGAGCCAAUAAUUCUCAAACUCGUCGUGCAGCCUCUCGAGAUCGUCCGGCAACGGCGUCUAGUAAUAGCAGCCGAAGCAGCUCCCCGUUAGACGACUUGGAGUACGAAAUGCUGGGCAUGUCGCGCCCAGCCGAAGAAGAAGUUCCCAAGAAGAAGGCGGCGCCAACAACACAGAGCACGAAGCCUCGUCGAGCCAAAGUUGCCGAUGCGUUCAGUCGCCGGUGGUAA